GCCGGUUUUUGGCAUCAACCAUGCACCGAAGAGGGGUGGGAGCGGGGGCUAUAGCCAAGAAGAAACUGGCGGAGGCCAAGUACAAGGAGCGAGGAACGGUUCUUGCUGAAGAUCAGCUGCUUCAGAUGUCCAAGCAGUUGGAAAUGUUCAAAACCAAUUUGGAAGAGUUUGCCAGUAAGCACAAGCAAGAGAUCCGUAAAAACCCUCAGUUCAGAGUCCAGUUCCAGGAUAUGUGUGCUACGAUUGGUGUGGAUCCUCUUGCCUCUGGCAAAGGAUUCUGGUCAGAAAUGCUGGGCGUUGGAGACUUUUAUUACGAACUCGGGGUUCAGAUAAUUGAAGUGUGUCUGGCUCUAAAACACCACAAUGGAGGUCUGAUUACCCUGGCUGAGCUCCAUCAGCAUGUACUGAAAGGCAGAGGGAAACUUGCACAGGACGUUAGUCAGGAUGAUAUCAUUCGGGCAAUUAAAAAGCUAAAAGUACUUGGUAAUGGAUUUGGCAUCAUCCCUGUUGGAGGUUCUUAUUUAGUCCAGUCAGUUCCUGCUGAGCUAAACAUGGAUCACACAGUAGUAUUGCAGUUAGCAGAGAAAAAAGGAUUUGUAACAGUAAAUGAAAUUAAAUCAAGUUUAAAUUGGGAAACCGAAAGAGCCAAACAUGUUCUGGAACACUUACUAAAGGAAGGCUUGGCUUGGAUAGACUCUCAGGCUCAAGGUGAAGCCCAGUACUGGCUGCCAGCUCUCUUUACUGCACUUUAUGCCCAACAAAUUAAUAUGGACGAGAACGGAGGACCUUCUUGAUAUGCUGUGAGCCGUUUACUGAAGACACCUUUAUUACACAGGAAUCUUCUGCCUACAAAAGGCCUCUUUGGGAAAAUCAGUCAUCUUGAAGGACUGGAGAAUUUCAUAGCUUCUAGUUUCCUAUGCAGAUCUUUAGCUUCUUCUUUCCUCUCCUCCUUCACAGUUUCCCCUUAUUGUACGCACCUGGUGAAUUUAAGGAGAUAUGGUGCAAAAACAGAAGCAUACUGACUGACUACAUGACAAACGUCCUGUGAUAAUGACAGAGCCUCGUAAAAGGUUCAGAUCCUAGCCUCAGUGCAUGGUGGGAUUGCUGUUGGAUUAGCAGGACUACAAUACCCCCAAACCUAGGCUACAUCAGGAGCCCACCAAGGAUUUGGGCAAAUCCAGUAUUUGGAAUUUGAAGAGCAACUGGUGUUACGGUUCUGGUUUAGUCAUUGCUACUCUUUCUGGAAUAAAAACCUUGUAAUAUAAA